AUGAGUACUUUCACGUUUGGUAACGAUAUUCGCCGUUUUCACCGAAUUCAACUUCUCGGUAAAGGUGCCUACGGCAAAGUCUACAAGGCUCGAGAUUCUCUCAACAAUACAUUUGUCGCCCUAAAGAAAUCUUUAAUCAGCAUGGAUGAAGAAGGCAUUCCAACCAGCACUAUGCGAGAAAUCUGCCUUCUCCGCCAGCUUUCCCAUCCUGGAGUUGUCUCUCUCUUAGACGUAAUUAUGACAGACAGUAGCCUAUACCUUAUUUUUGAGCUUCUUGAUCAAGACCUCGGAACAUUUCUUUCUUCACUCGACAAUUUGCUUUCAGAAGAACAAGCAAAGCGCUUUCUAUUGCAAAUUCUUAAAGCCCUUUACUUCUGUCACUCCCGUCGUAUAAUUCACCGUGACUUGAAGCCUCAAAAUUUGCUGCUUGACGCUAAUUUAAAUAUAAAACUAGCUGAUUUUGGGCUUUCCAGGAUUUUUCAGAUCCCAAUGAGACCAUCUACGACAUCAGUCCAAACGUUAUGAUACCGGGCCCCUGAAAUAUUAUUGGGGUGUACUACAUAUACAACAGCUAUUGAUAUAUGGUCUAUUGGAUGUAUUUUUGCUGAAAUGGUAGCUGGAGUCCCACUCUUUCCCGGAACAAGUGAACAUAAUCAACUUUAUGCGAUUUUUAGAAUUAUGGGGACUCCUAAUGAAGAAAAUUGAAGUGGAGUUGGAAGUUUGCCGAGGUAUUCGACAGACUUUCCAAAAUGGUCAACAAUUUUAAUGAAAAAUUUGUUUCCUAGAAUUGCGCCAGAAGGGCAAGAUUUACUUGAAAAAAUGCUAUCAAUGGAUCCAAAUAAAAGAAUUUCUGCUUAUGACUGCUUGCAACAUGUAAUUUUUAUAUAGCCAUACUUCCAGGGAAUGAAUUAA